UCUAUGUACUAUCACCUUUCUCUCUCCUUGCGCAACUCUGUCUCAUCUCCGGCCACCGUCCACCGCAGAAUUUUCCUUUAUCAUCGGCGUCUCUCUUACCAACGUCACUCCUCUCUCUCAGCGGUGUCCCUUCUUUCUCACUGGUGUUCUGUCUCUCUCUCUCUCUCCUCACCACGUCGUUUUCCCACCAACACAGCUUUCUACUCCUACCCGUCGUUCAUCCUUCACCGGCUUUCAUUGCACUGCGGAGUUCUACUUCCAUCGCCAUAGAAAGUUGUAGAUCUGGUGAUGGGGUGGAGGACCUAAGACAGACGGUGAGGGGAGAGAAGACAGACCACAAAUCAGAUUGCAAUAGAAGAAGGAGGGGAGGCCACUCAGGUCGCGGGAGAGGAGAGAACAAGGUGGUCGGUGUUCAAGCCAGUGACGAGAGAGAAAAGAGGCAAAACGCGCAGAGCAAAGAGAAGGAAGAGAGUAGACUGUGUUUUACAAAAUUACCCUUGUUUUAUUGUUGAAAUGUCACAAAUACCCUUGGUGUUGUAUUUGUGUCAAAUAAUAUGUGUUCGUUUAUCAUUUCUGAAAAGUUUAACUACCAAAAGAGUCUUAAAAGGCAUCACCGAAUCACAACCGUUCAUUACUUAGAUAUCAAACACCUCUCAUCAAAACAUUGCACGAGCCUUCAUUAGGUUGGUUCUUUGUUUUCCAUGUUUUUCUGAUUGAAACCCAUUUUCAAUUCACACAAAUUGUAUCGAAAGUUUGCAUCUUGACCAACUGGGUCUCUUCCAAUACCUUCAGAUUUUGUUGGGUCUAUUUUGUUUUUGUGUUUUGUUUUUGUAUAAUUUUUGAAGCUAUGGAAGCUUAUAAGAGAUGGGUCAGACAGAACAAAGAUUAUGUUCACUCGUUGGAGUCUUUGGCAAAUGGAUUGACAUGGCUUCUUCCGGAACGGUUUUCUGAAUCAGAGAUUGGACCAGAAGCAGUGACAACCAUUCUCGGAAUCGUCACAGCUAUCAAUGAACAUAUAAUUGAUAGUGCUCCUAACCAAAAUAUUACAGGCUCUGUUGAGCCUCAUUCAUUUCCUUAUCCAUUAUGCUUAUCUGCAUUAAAGGAUCUGGAAACGUUAGUCGAAGUCGUGGCACAACAUUACUAUGGCGAUGAUAAGAAAUGGAAUUUCCUUGCUGUUACCGAAGCAACCAAGGUACUGGUUCGGUUAUCUUUGUUUCGAAAGAGUGGAUAUAAAAUGUUGUUACACGGAGGCGAGACAUCUAAUGAAGUGAUGCAUUCAAACGGCUCGACUUCACAACACACUACAGCCAUAAACCCGAAAGGGCGUUACAAUCCUGGAACAAACCCGUGGAAUCUGGAAGGAAGAGCAUUGUCUGCUUUAAGCCAAUUCGGAGAAAAGGCAAGGAUGGUGUCAGAACCAGUGUGGUUACGUAGGGUUCAUCACCAACAAGCAAUUAUGGAGCCCACUGCUCCAAGGGUAGUGAAACCUACACUUUCCACCAUAUUAUCAAAAAAGGGUCUUCGUGGAGCUUUCUUUUUAAUUGGAGAAGUUCUAUUUAUUACUAGGCCACUUAUUUAUGUUUUAUUUAUUCGGAAAUAUGGUACUCGAUCGUGGACCCCUUGGUUCCUUUCACUGGCUAUUGAUUGCAUAUCAAACAGUAUUCUCUCACUUGUUACAACGACAGCAGCGGGUGAAAAUCAGAAAAUGAUUCAUCUUUCUGCUCCAGAAAAAGACGAGGUUAAACGAAGAAAGAUGUUAUUUGUACUUUACCUAAUGAGAGAUCCAUUUUUCAGCAAAUAUACUAGGCGAAAACUCGAAAGCACGGAGAAAGUUUUGGAACCUAUACCUGUCAUAGGAUUUCUUACAGCGAAAAUUGUUGAGCUUACGAUUGGAGCUCAAACACGUUACACUUACAUGUCAGGAUCAUGAUACAAAAUCCAAAAGAAAUACCUCUUUGCCCUCCAAAAUUGAGGGAAUAUAUUCUCACUAUGCUAUGCUGCCACACUAAGUUUUGUUCCUGAAUUUUUUUCAAAUGAAGAAGACAUAUCGAAUUUGAUGCUAUUAUGAUUGAAAAGCAAGAAACAAGCAAGUGCGGGACAAGUUGUUUACAAGAAUAGCUCAACUAUCAACAAUUGGAUAGUAUAAAUUUGGAGAUUUUGUUUCACUCCUACAACAUUUGCGGUUGUUUAUAAUAACAGCAGUAACAAAAUACUACAUCAAGUUCACCAGCUAAAAUAUUAAAUUCUUAAAUCUUGUUUACUGCUUCAUCAA